GGUGGCCAUGGUGGAGACCAGCAGCAGCUUCCCCACCCAGGACAAGGCCUAGAUGAGGAAACUGAGACCCAAAGAGAGACAGCAACUGGCCCAGGGUCACCAGCAUGCAGAUGCCUGCUAUGAUGUCUCUGCUUCUUGUGUCUGUGGGCCUCAUGGAAGCACUUCAGGCCCAGAGCCACCCCAUCACACGACGAGACCUCUUCUCUCAAGAGAUGCCGCUGGACAUGGCCCUGGCCUCCUUUGAUGACCAGUACGCUGGCUGUGCUGCUGCUAUGACAGCUGCUCUCCCAGAUCUCAACCACACGGAGUUCCAGGCCAACAAGGUGUAUGCAGACGGCUGGACACUGGCAAGCAGCCGAUGGCAGGAGCGCCAGGCCAGGGGGCCGGAGUGGAGUUUCAGCCCCACCCGUCCAUCCCCGCCACCCCUGGGCUUCCGCGAUGAGCAUGGGGUGGCCCUCCUGGCUUACACAGCCAACAGCCCCCUGCACAAGGAGUUCAACGCAGCCGUGCGUGAGGCAGGCCGCUCCCGGGCCCACUACCUCCACCACUUCUCCUUCAAGACACUCCAUUUCCUGCUGACUGAGGCCCUGCAGCUCCUGGGCAGGGGCCAGCGUCCACCCCGGUGCCACCAGGUGUUCCGAGGUGUGCACGGCCUGCGCUUCCGGCCAGCAGGGCCCAGGGCCACCGUGAGGCUGGGGGGCUUUGCUUCUGCCUCCCUGAAGAAUGUUGCAGCCCAGCAGUUUGGUGAGGACACCUUCUUUGGCAUCUGGACCUGCCUUGGGGCCCCUAUCAAGGGCUACUCCUUCUUCCCUGGAGAGGAAGAGGUGCUGAUCCCCCCCUUUGAGACCUUCCAAGUGAUCAAUGCCAGCAGACCGGCCCAGGGCCCCGCCCGCAUCUACCUCCGGGCCCUGGGCAAGCGCAGCACCUACAACUGCGAGUACAUCAAAGACAAGAAGUGCAAGUCUGGGCCUUGCCAUCUGGAUAAUUCAGCCAUGGGUCAGAGCCCCCUCUCCGCAGUCUGGUCUUUGCUGCUGCUGCUCUGGUUCCUUGCGGUGAGGGCCUUUCCAGACAGUCCAGGCCUCCUUUGAUGCAUGAGACACGGGACAGCCUCGCCUGAUGCCUCUGCCCAUCCUGAGGAUGUUGGCCAUGUGUGCUUUCAGUGUAACCAAGAUUCCUGGCAACCCCAUCUGCAGGGAACUCUGGGACCUUCUCUGGUAGCUGCCAGACCUGCUGGUGGAGAAACAGGAGACAAUUUGGGGACUGAACCUUACCCAGGGCUCUAGGAGUGAGACUCUGAAUAAAGGGUUGGGCCGGC